GGAAUCAAUUGGAAAGUUGCAAUAAAAGAAAGUGGUCGAUUCCAAUCCAAUCAGUGUGCUUUAAGUUAAAUGAAAUACAAAUAUAGGGAUUCCGAUUCUGUUAACAUUGAAGUUUAAGAAUCGUACUGUUUAGUUCAAGUUCUUCUUAACAUGGCCCCGUACAGCAGAUCCAUAGAAGCACCAGACAACUGGAAAAGUGACGACGCUCCCUCGGAACAGACGGGAGUACUCUUCGACUGCGAUGUGGAGACCAUCGACGGAGGGCGGCUGAUAGACACCUGUAACCUGAAACGGGCGGAUGACCGAAAACUGGUGUGGGUCUGGCGGAACAUUAUCCUGUUCGCAAUGGUCCACCUGGCCGCCCUCUAUGGCGGAUACUUGAUAUUUGCAAAGGCCAAGUUCUACACCACCAUAUUUGCUGCCGUUCUAUAUAGCUGCGGAAUGCUGGGCGUAACAGUAGGCGCCCAUCGCCUGUGGUCUCAUCGAUCCUACAAAGCCAAGUGGCCAAUGCGCCUGAUCCUGACGAUAUUCAAUACGAUUGCGUUCCAGGAUUCCAUCUACCACUGGGUGCGCGACCACAGAAUGCACCAUAAGUACUCCGAAACUGAUGCCGAUCCGCACAACACUUCCAGGGGCUUCUUCUACUCGCACAUUGGCUGGCUUCUCUGCAAGAAGCACCCGGAAGUGACGUUAAAGGGGAAGGGCCUUAAUAUGUCCGACCUUCGAAAGGAUCCGUUGGUUAUGUUCCAGCACAAGCACUAUUACACUUUAAUGCCCUUGUCCUGCUUCAUCCUGCCCACAGUGCUACCCAUGCUGUGCUGGAAUGAGUCCUUGGAGUGUUCUCUCUUUGUGGCCACCUUGUUUCGCUGGUGCUUGCAACUGAACAUGACCUGGUUGGUGAAUAGCGCAGCUCACAAGUACGGUGGAAGACCCUAUGACACAACCAUGAAUCCUUCACAGAAUGCCUACGUUUCCGUGAUGACUUUUGGGGAAGGCUGGCACAACUUUCACCACGUCUUUCCUUGGGACUAUAGAACCUCUGAGCUGGGGAACUUCACCAUGGGCUUGGGUACCAUCUUCAUCGACUUCUGUGGCACCCUCGGUUGGGCCUACGACCGUAAGUCGGUAACUCCGGACAUGAUCCAGAAGCGCUCGAAACGGACUGGAGACGGCAGCCAUGCUCUGUGGGGAUGGGGCGACAAGGACAUGACCCCUGAAGAAAGGAAAUAUGUGAUAGUUCAUAAACGUAGAACGAAACGGAGAUUAUCUACCGGCGUGUCGGCAGCCCAUUUCGUCAAUAAUUAACUCACUUAAUUAUAGUCUUCUUAUGAUAGUGUUAAUGGUUUUAUUCGUGCUAAAUAUAUAACUGAUAUUUGUUAUCGAAAUACGGA